AUGAUUGAUACCCUGUCCGUUAUCAGCAAGGGCGGGGUCGUGUUGUGGGAGCGGAGCUCCGACGACGCCGGGCGGCGACUGACAGUGAACCGCGUGAUUCAGGAGGUCCUGCUGGAGGACCGCGCGGGGGUGCCGGAGGUGACUCUCGGCGACCACAAAGUCUCUUGGGCACUGGACAACGACGCCCGCUUCUUCCUGGUCUGCGUGUACCCCAAGUUCCUCGCCUACCCGCACAUGGGCGCCUUUUUGCGGGACCUUGCGCGGACCUUUGCCAGGAAGUACGGCCGCAUCCAAGAUGGGGAGCUGUUCGCCGACUACGACUUGUCCGCGGAGUUUGCGGCUGCCGUGGCAGGCCUGGACGUCGGCGGAGGCAGGCCCGGUGUGGGUAUCACAGAGGACGCCGCUCCCCACAGUCACAGUGACGCGCAGGAGGAGGGACCAACGACAACGGCGGCAGCAACCGACGAGGAGGAGGAGGACAACGACGACGUGGAGGAGGCGGUGGUGGCACAGCGCGGCAGCGACCGGAUUAUGACGAAGAGCGGCCACGUCAUUGGGCGGAAGGGGCAGAAGCUGUCCGUUGGCAGCGCCAGCAAGCAAGCUGCCGCAAAGAAGGUGCAAAAGAAAGGUAAACCCGUGAAGCAGGCAACGCGCUGGGAGGAGCCCGCGCUAGACCCCGCUCUCAGCGCUCAGGAGAGGACCCCGACACAGGAAGAGUUGGUGGCGCAGACGGAGGCGCAGCGUACCGUGUUUAUUAGGCGACUUCCAAACGGUAGCGCCGCGCCGGUGCGGGAGACGGAGUGGGAGAACCAGCCACGCGGGCGCCUGGCAAGCUGGCUCCGCGCCUAUGUCGGGCGCCGGGAGCUGGACAGGCAGGACUUCCAACGCGUGGUCCCCAGCCUGCGGGAGAAGUUGAUUGCCAAGAACGUCGCUGUGGAGGUGGCGGAGCACGUCUGCAAGUCCGUCGAGGCCUCGCUGGCGGGGACGAAGCUGGGGACCUUUGACUCGCUCCACCAGUCAAUUGAGGCCGCCAUGACGUCGGCGCUGCGCCGCAUCCUGCAGCCAAAGCAUGAGGUGAAUAUUCUCCGCGCCGUGGCCUCGGCGCAGUCCCGCAAGAAGCCUUACUCCAUCGUUCUUUGCGGCGUCAACGGGGUGGGGAAGUCGACAACGCUGGCGAAGAUCGCCUACUGGCUGCAGCAAAACGGCCACAGCAUCAUGAUCGCCGCCGGCGACACCUUCCGCCACGGGGCUGUGGAGCAGCUGGAGGUCCACGGCCGCUGCCUGGGGGUACCGGUGUUUCAGAUGGGCUACGGCACCGAUCCCUCCGCGGUUGCCGCCGCCGCCAUUGCGCAGGCCGCCCGUCAGAAGUACGACGUGGUGAUGAUUGACACGGCGGGUAGGAUGCAGGACCACGAGUCACGCAUGCGGGCCCUUGCGAAGCUGAUCCACGAAACCCAGCCGGACCUUGUCCUUUUCGUGGGGGAGGCCUUGGUGGGCAACAGCGGCGUGGACCAGCUGCGACGGUUCAACCAGUGCCUGGUGGACUUUGCCCCCGUUGGCACGGCCCCGCGCUGCAUUGACGGCAUCGUCCUCACAAAGUUCGACACCAUCGACGACAAGGUUGGCGCGGCUCUCUCGAUGGUCUACGAGCUCGGCCAGCCCAUUGUUUUUGUCGGCUCCGGCCAGACGUACCAGGACCUGAAGGUCAUGCAGCCGGACGUCGUCGUCAGCGCACUGAUGGAGUAG